UCUUCCCACAGGAAAAGAAAGAAAACCAGACAACGGCCUUAGAUUAAAACAUAUAGCCACCACUUGACAUAAUACAUGUAUAAAUACUCAAGAAACCUAACCACUUUAUUCUCUGCUUCUGCAUUUUUCCUUCAAAGUUUCUUAUUAUAGAGAAACAAUACUCUUCUCUUUAUUUAUAACCUUUUUUUAUUUUCCCUCUCCCUGUGGAGAAACAUGUUGGCUAUAUUUCAUGAGGCGUUUGCUCAUCCACCGGAGGAACUCCACAGUCCAGCAUCUGAGAAAUGCUCUAAACAGCCCAAACUUCCUGAAGAAACCUUGAACAGUUUCUUAUCUCGUUACCCUCUCAACACUUUCUCUAUGUCUUUUGGUAAAGCAGCUGUUCUAGCUUACGUUCGUCCCUCUGCUUCCUUCUCAGUCCACCAAAGAGUAUUCUGUGGAUUUGAUGACAUCUACUGUCUCUUCUUUGGGAGCUUGAACAAUCUGUGUCAGCUAAACAAGCAAUACGGUCUCACCAAGACAACGAACGAGGCCAUGUUUGUGAUUGAAGCUUAUAGGACUCUUAGAGACAGAGGUCCUUAUCCAGCUGAUCAAGUCGUCAAGGAUUUAGAUGGUAGCUUUGCCUUUGUUGUUUAUGAUAGCAAAGCCGGUUCUGUCUUCACGGCUCUGGGAUCUGAUGGAGGAGUGAAGCUCUUUUGGGGAAUAGCUGCUGAUGGAUCUGUUGUGAUCUCAGAUGAUUUAGAUGUUAUUAAAGACGGUUGUGCUAAAUCUUUUGCUCCAUUUCCUACAGGAUGUAUGUUCCACAGUGAAGGAGGGUUAAUGAGCUUUGAGCAUCCGAUGAACAAGAUCAAGGCGAUGCCGAGAGUGGACAGCGAAGGAGUUCUGUGUGGUGCCAACUUCAAGGUGGAUGUGUACUCUCGUGUUAACAGUAUCCCUCGUCGAGGAAGUGAAGCUAAUUGGUCUCUCUGAAUAGUUGCACUCUCUUUCUCCGUUCUGGUUCUGGACUACUUUUGUGAUGGACAAUCUCUAAUAAGACAUGACUGUCUAUUCUACUGUUUGUUUCUUCCUUAAGAAAAUAAAAUAAAAUUCUCAACUCUCUUUA